AUAAUCCAUUCUGCAAAAUUAUACACACUCUCUCUCUCUCUCUCUAAUGUCCCCCUCUACUCUCUCUUUCUAAACCACAUAACCUCACCACUCUUGUAUGCUCUGCUACUUCAAGUUGGAUUUGAAGAGAACACAAACAAGAGCUUGGUAAGCAAGAUGGUUGACAAGGAAGACUUGGUUUUGGCUCUGAGCUUGAGCUUUCCCGAGAAUCGUAGUUCACUACACCUGAAUCUGAUGCCUUCUGCAGUAUCUUCUUCUUCUCCUCCUCUUUCGGCCCCUUUCAAUCCUCACAAAACCUCAUGGAACGAUAUCUUCCCUUCCUUCGAUCGGAACUCGGAGAGUUGCAGAGUCGAUGCGAGAUCGUUUUUGAAGGGAAUCGACGUGAAUCGAACUCCGUCGACGGUGGAUUGCGAGGAGGAAGCGGGAGUUUCGUCGCCGAACAGUACGAUCUCGAGUGUGAGCGGGAAGAGAAGCGAGAGAGAGGCCAUUGGAGACGAGCACGAGAUCGAGAGGUCUUGUUCGCGUGGAAUCAGCGACGAAGAAGAUGGAGAUAACUCCAGGAAGAAGCUUCGUCUCUCGAAAGAUCAGUCGGCUGUUCUUGAAGAGAGCUUCAAAGAACACAACACUCUCAAUCCUAAGCAAAAGCUGGCUUUGGCUAAACGGCUUGGACUCAGAGCCCGUCAGGUGGAAGUUUGGUUUCAGAACCGAAGGGCUAGGACGAAGCUGAAGCAGACUGAGGUUGACUGUGAAUUCUUGAAAAGAUGCUGUGAGAACCUGACGGAAGAUAACAGGAGGUUACAGAAGGAAGUUCAGGAGUUGAGGGCACUGAAACUGUCCCCACAGUUCUACAUGCAAAUGACCCCACCCACCACCCUCACCAUGUGCCCUUCAUGUGAGCGUGUUGCUGUCCCACCAUCCUCCUCCUCCGCCCCUGCACCACCACCCCUCGACCACCGUCGGUCCCACCCCCAGCGGCCCAUCCCCAUCAACCCCUGGGCCACCCCCAUCCCAAUCCCACACCGGCCGCUCGAUCGUAAUAUCUUCGUCGAUCCAAGGGCGUAAUUGUCAUUUCAACAUCCUCAUCAUUGUCUCAGCAUAACCUUACGGAAUCUAUACGGAAGAAAUAUGAAGAAUUGCAGUAGUAAUAGCGUAGUACCACCAAGAGUAUCAAUGAGGGUCUAUGAUGUGGUUUGGUGGGUCUCAAUAUGUUUUGUUUUAUUGGACCCAUCAUCAUCUUCUUCUUCUUCUUUAAGUGACUAAUAUUUUUAGUUUAGUGGUUGUUCUUCUUAUUCUUAAGAAAGUGAGAGAAAAAAGAAAAAAUUGGAUGGGGAGUUUGGAUGUAAUGUAAAGUGCUGUGUCUAAUUAAAUUAAACUAAUUAUGUUUCUAAAGUUUAGUAUUUCAAGGACUAUGUCUACUAUGAUUGCAAAGCAA